AUGGCCUGUCUGACAAGUAACUCGGGCUUACAAGUGGAGCGAACAAGAAAACAUGUGGGCACUUCAUGGGCUUAUAUUGUGGGCCAAGACAAUCCUCAGCUCAUUGGCCACCUGGCUUUGGAACCAACCUAUGGGCCACAACCCAAAUGUCAAGGUUUACAGUUCUAUAUUCUCGCACAUUAUGCAAUGUUGAUGGGUCAUGUUUGUGAGGUGAGGAAGUGGUCUAGUGAUAAAAAUUCAUUUCUACUCAUUGUGAGUUCAACCUCAUCCUCUUUCCUAAAAACCCAUUAG